GGAAAACGUAUUUUUUUAGCCGAUGUGGACGAAACCCUGCUAAAACACUGACAAUGUCACCACGAUGCUUUCUAAAAAAAAGUCUGUUGUUUAUAAAUAUGUUACUGCUGCCUCGUUCUAUCUAUGACGUACUGACACAAAAUUCAAAUGAUUUGCAACUGUCGCUUUAUCGCGUCCAGUCUACAGCUGUCGCAUCCGGUGUAGACACGCUGGCAGAUUAAAACUAAAGAUUGUUGAGGCACUUUAAAAGGAGCGACUAGCUUACUUGAAAAUUUAGUUUGUACUUUUGUAAAUUUAGUUGAAUCGAAGUAUUGUAGUGUCUUAGUUUCAAAAGCACACGAGACAUAGCUAAUGCAUUUCGUUGUCCUUCCCAACUGAUAUUUGACCUGAACGGCGGAAUAGCUGGAGAACCGAUGUGCGUUGUAUAACACGUUACACCCAGUGUAAACCUUAGACCGGUACUUCCUGAUCUCCAAAACAGAAGAAGGUGCAGUAGGCUAUAGGCGGACGUAGGCUACAGACCUAAUUUCACAACUGUGUGGAGAGACGUUGUCUAAAAAGGAGUUGUAUCGAACCAUAUCAGCACAAAUAUGACUUCGGAUCUGCCAGUUCUCCUCGCAGCAGUCUCGAUUCUGUCUGCUCUCCACCUGGCGCUUCAGGCUAAACGUGUGGGGUGGUCAAGGAUGAAACAUAAAAUUAUGCCCCCCACUGUUACUGGACCUCCUGAGUUUGAAAGGACGUUUCGUGCACACCAGAAUAGCGUAGAGAUGUAUUCAGUUUUCUUGGUGGUAUUGUGGAUCUCUGGCAUCUUUUGCAGUGAAGUGCUUGCUUCUCUUGGAGGACUUCUAUAUGUUGUGGGCAGAGAGAUGUACUUUACUGGCUAUAUCCGUGAAAGCAAGAAAAUGUGA